AGUACUGAGUCAGAGUACGUGGGAGGUGGAGGGGGUGACCAGGGACUCCGGGCGCGUAUUUCAUAAUACUCAGCAUGGUGACUGGCUGUGGACCUGCUGCUGCUGUGAAACGGUGCUGCUCCUUCGUUCCGUUUGGACUUGUGGCAGAGAUAUGAACCUUUUUUUUUAAAUCACAAAUUGACCAGCUAAAUGAGAUAUGUCCGCUCAAGGACUGUUAAGCAGUGUUUUCUCAUGCUCGCUAAGCCCAAAAAUUAUUUCCAAGCGGAGACUGAGGAAGACCAGGAGCUUGGACCCGGCGUUGAUGCGAGAUUAUGAUACCGAAGCUGAAGAGACAUCGUAUAAGGGUGACUUCACCUGGAACAGCGAGUCAGGACAUAGCGUUGGCCUGAAGCCCGUUCCUCUGCAAAGCCUCUCAGAGUUGGAGAGGAUUCGUCUCCAGGAUGUGGCCUUCAGGCGAUUGCUUCGGGAUCGCGACCUGGGCUGCUACAUCACCAUCCCUAAAUAUGGCCACAAGCACAAGAAGUCACUUAGGCGGAAGUUGGAUUCAUUAUCUAAAGAGAAGAGUAAAGACAAAGAGACUAUGCCCCAGGCGUUUGGCAUACCGCUGUCGCAGGUCAUAUCCAACGACCACACACACAAGCAGCGGCAUGAUCCCCCACGGGGGGAGCACAGUGACCCCACUGAAUUGAUGCUAUCCUUCCUCCACUUCACCUCCAACUUCAAAAGGGCGAACAAGGAGCUCUCCAGCAGCAACUCCUCCCUUAGCUCCACUUCUGAGACCCCUAAUGAAUCACCUCUGCCCAGCACACCAGAUUCAGCCCCACGGGCACGCAGGAGGGGUGGAGUAUCCGUGGAUUGCAUCACUGACCUUGAUGAUAACCAGUCUCGUCUCUUGGAGGCCCUCCAGCUGUCUCUGCCAGUAGAGGCAGCUGGCAAUAGGAAGAAGCGCCAUGACAAAAAGCUCAGCCUUAACCCUAUUUACAGACAGGUGCCCAGGGUAGUGGAUCUCUGCUGCCAGCACCUGGAAAAAUAUGGCCUACAGACGGUUGGAAUUUUCCGUGUUGGGAGUUCCAAGAAGAGAGUACGACAGCUUCGUGAGGAGUUUGACCAGGGAUGGGAGGUACAUUUGGAGGAGCACAGUGUCCAUGAUGUAGCUGCGCUCCUAAAAGAAUUCCUCAGAGACAUGCCUGACCCACUGCUGCCAAGAGAACUCUACACGGCCUUCAUCAACACAAUGUUGCUGGACUAUUCAGACCAAGAGAGCGCCAUCCAGCUCCUGACAUUUUUGCUUCCUCCCUGUAACAGCGACACGCUGCAGCGCCUCCUCUGCUUGUUGUCCACAGUGGCUGCACAUGCUGACGACAGCCUGGACAAUGAGGGACAGGAGAUCACAGGAAACAAGAUGACAUCACUCAAUUUAGCUACCAUCUUUGGACCCAACCUCUUACACAAGCAAAAAAACUCAGACAAAGAGUUUGCAGUCCAAAGUUUUGCCCGUGCAGAGGAGAGCACAGCCAUCAUCGGCGUGGUCCAAAGAAUGAUCAAUACAUAUGAUACACUAUUUAUGGUUCCUGCUGACCUGCAGAAUGAGGUGCUGAUGAGUUUGCUAGAAACUGAUCCUGAUGUUGUGGAUUACUUACUGCGGAGGAAGGCCUCUCGGUACUCAGAGCCAGGCCUUCUUAAAGCAGAAGAGUCCUUCCCGCUGACUGAAAGAUGUUUAUCCAAUGACUCCAUCAAAGCAUCUAGUGGAGAGGUGUCUCCCUAUGACAACAACUCCCCUGUCCUGACAGAUCGACUGCUGUGUAAAUACCCAGAGGACAGCAGUCCACUCUCAGACACGAUCCCCAGACUUUCUGGGCAUUACAAAUUUAGUAGCAAUUCUAAAGAUGAAUCUGGCAGCACCUCUCCUACACUUUCUACGGACAAAGAGACCUCAAUUGAUCAUCUUUGGGACACCUGGCAUGAACUGUUCAGCAAGGAUUUUACUGCCCAUCAUAUCACUGGUUCCCUUGGAGACGUGUCGGAAUGUGAGUCGUAUGGAUCAUCAGAGGGGCUGAGCAGUCACCAAGGUAACAACAAGCUGCCCGUCAGACCAACACAAACCUCAUUGGGCGGGCUGGAAAUCAGGCCACACCUCCCGGUGACUCGCAGCAGCAGUGGUCCUCAUGACCAGAGAGGACAAAGACAACCGCAGUCAUCGUUAUAUCAGGUAUUGAGUGGCCAAUCAGGAGCCCUUAGCUCGGACAACUUGGCAGAAAGGACAGGAGACCCUGCAUGUCCUUUACUUAAGGUCAGGAUGAAUAGUUUGUCUCCCCUUCACUACUCUGGACAGCUGAGGGAGACCCACAUUUCUCACUCCACACCCUCCCUCUUCACAUAUCAGCCUGACCCCCAAACCCGACAGCAGUCCCAGCAAAGCCCUGCCCCCCAGACUGUAGAUACUGCAGAUGCCUCUGGGCCUGGACAAGAAAAAGGCCCUGAUACACCAAACUGGCAGUCUGAGAGGUGGCAUAUAUGGCAGAUACUGUCAAAAGAAAAUGCAGACACCCUGCCUGAAACCUUGGUGUGAUGCACCCUUUGACUAUGUUGAACUAUACAAAUAACUUUAAGAGAAAGGGGUCAUCCAUCAUCAGUUGCUGAAAUGCUACCGUCCGUCUGUAUUUGCAGUACUAGUUAAUAUGGAACUCUAUACCAACAGUUUGUUAGAUGUGUUGUUAUUUUGCAGGGGUGUUCAACUGUAUAUAUAUAUAUAUACAUUUUGUUGCGUGUAUAUAAACAUUACAUAAAAUGAUUGCCUUAUGGAAUUUUUAAUGUUUUAAUGUUGAAUGUAAAAUAUAGAUCCUGUUUGUGUUGUAAUAUUGCUUGAUAGUACCCUGAUAUAUACUGUAGCUAUGUUAACAUUGAAUUUUGUUACAGGUGCCAAUUACAAUCUACUUAGUUGUAGAAAUGCUGCAGAAUAUGUCAAUAUUACCACCCAUGUCUUGAUUUUGUUUUCUCCAGAAAACAAAACUGGAGGAUAUGUUUUGAGAAUGGGCUAUUACACUAUAUUAAGUGUAGCUAGAUUUUAAUGAACUUUUCAGCACAAAUUUUCUGCUCAUACACACCCCUACUUUAUGUGUUUGAGAUGCAGGAAUAAAAGUUAAGCAGCAUUACUUACAAGGAUAUAUAUUAUUUGUAAAUUGACUCUUCUGUUUGCCACUUAAUAAACUGACUUUGAUUAUUUUGAGGGAGGAAAAUGAUAAUACAUAUCUCAACCUGUCAUGUCUGAUACAUUUAAUUUCAAUAGAAACCAAAUUGCACUCAAAGUAAUAUAUUGUUUUCUUUCGUCAUUGGCCUCAGUCUCUGACUGUUGAUUGGUUAGACUGGUUAGACACAGCUGUAAAUGUGUGAAUUUGAGAAUUAGUACUAUCUUCUGUAGACAAAUCAUAAGUGUAGGAAAAUGGCAAGCUAAAAAUGUUAAGAAAAGUAAAAUAAGAGAGGGUAUAGUGACAUAGGUCAGGACAUGCAGUUAUUGUUAUCUUUUGUUCAAGUUAUACUUUGUUCAGUAUACGUUUGGUAUUUAUAUACCAUUGGUGUUUAUAUAUUCAGUAAGACCCCUCUGUACCUCCAGGCUAAAACAGGGACUAUGGACAAAACUUUCCAUAGCCAUGGGUGCCAUGUGUUUAUGGCAGGAUGUGGCACUUGCCAAACCUUACUGAAUCUGACAAUGAUAUACAGUAAUAUUGCAAAAACAUAUAUAGUAUAUGCCCAUCUAAAUUACAGCGAAAACUUUUAGUUUUAAGUUAAUUGUAUAUUUCCAAGAAACAUGGAACCCAUGAGCGUUAAUGGGAUCUUUGUGUGUCUCUACUGGUUCUGUCUAUGCUUUUAUUUCCAUUGCAUGGGUAUUCAUCUUAGCACCUUUAGCGGUGCUAAUGCAUAAAAGGCUUUAAGUACAUCAAGAUUUUUUUGCCCAUUUUUAGCAUUACGUAAUGACCUACCUUAACUUGACCUAAUCUAACUUGACCCUUUCCCCUAGGAGUUCCUUUAGGAAUCAGCACGAAGUUAAAAGCAUAUGGUUACUUAAUGAUGGUGGGCAGUACAGAUUCUGCUCUCUAGUAUGGGUUAAACUGUAGUUCAGAAGACAAUGAAACAAUUGCCUGAACUGGCCACACGAGGGAAGCAUAAUACCAGGAAAUAGUUUUAUGUUUCCUUGCCUCCUCAUAUUCAAAUCCUUGUGCAUUGUGGACAUACGGUGGGUUUUAAUGACUCAUUACACAUUGAACAGCUAUUAGUUAAGUUGCAUUCCUAUUAGACUCCUUUUCCCACCAUGAUAGGGAUGCUGGUGAUUUCAUGUGUUAUGGAUGAUGGCUUUUUUUAUAUUUCUAAAGAUCUAAUUUUACACUCUAUCUUGUAGCUACCCUUGAAGAGUACAUUUUCUUUUUUGCUGGGAAUGAAAAUAAGAGAUCUGAGCUGAGACAAUAACAAUAACAUUACCAUUAAAUAAACUUUUUAUGUACUGGAA